AUGUUUGUUUUGGUUUUUAGACAGUUUUAUCAUUACGUCACUGACGACCGGGUUACACGAGUCGGCUCUCAGAUGUGGAUCUUCACGUCUACUCUUCUCGUGGAAGGUCUCGUGUGCUUAAAACUUGGAAGGGAAGUGUUUGAGCAUACUAUAAUAUGGAAUAUCAUGUACUGGUUGAUCUGGCUGGUAAAAAUGAAUUCUAGCCAGGCUGCAGUUGGCUGCAGCCUACCUGCUCUACUUGAGGUUAUUCCAUGGAAGUCGCAAAUUAUCGCCCCGCGCAAUGUUAGAACUGCCAGAAUAAUACGGUUUUCCCGCCAGGAACAUUAA